AUUCUUCCGAAGAGAUCAACCCGAACAGAAGAAUAAAUCAGCCGGAAAAAAAACACACAGAGAGGGAAAAAAUAAGAACCCUAGCCGCACCGAUCGAAGAGUCAAUCGCCGGCGACGGCUAUGCCUGCGGCGAUCUCCAGAGAUCAAGACCAACGCCUCCAGUGAGUGACGCUCGCCGCUGCGCUGCCGCCUGGUUUGAUCCGCUGGGGCGCUGACAUGAGGGCUGCGCAGAUCGAUCCGUCCCCCGCGGCGCCGCCCAAGUCGCGGCUCAAGCGGCUCUUCGAGCGCCAGGUGCCGCGGGUCUCGCCGGCGGAGCGCCUCCCGUCCGCGCCAACCGGCGGGGAGAAGGAUGAGCUGUCGGAGCCCAGCUCGCUGUGCCUGGACGGCAUGGUGCGGAGCUUCCUGGAGGACGGCGGUGGGGAGCGGGGAGCGGCCGCGCGGUGCUGCAACUGCUUCCACGCCGGCGACGCCUCCGACGACGAGGACGGCCCCGGCGCGGCGGACGCCGCGGCUGCUGACAUCGCGGAGACCAUCAAGGGCCUCGUCCACUGCGCCAGCCUCCGGGAGCGCAACCUCCUCGCGGACGUCUCCACCCUGGUCGAGCGCCACCGCGCGUCGGGAACGCGCAAGCGCGACCUCCUCCGUCUGCUGGCCGAGUCCCUCCGCGCCGCGGGGCACGACGCCGCGCUCUGCCUCUCCCACUGGGACAAGUCCUCCUCCCACCCUGCCGGCGAGCAUGCGUACCUAGACGUCCUCCUCCCCGCGGGCUCGGAGCGCGCCGAGCGCGAGCGCGUGCUGGUGGACGUGGACUUCCGGUCCGCGUUCGAGGUGGCGCGGCCCACCAAGGCGUACCGCGCCGUGCUGCAGCGGCUGCCGUCGGUGUUCGUCGGGCGGGAGGACCGCCUGCGCCUCCUCGUGGCGGCCGCCGCCGACGCGGCGCGCGCCAGCCUGAAGAAGCGCGGCCUCCACCUGCCGCCGUGGCGCAAGCUUGAGUACAUGCGCGCCAAGUGGAUCUCCCCCUACGAUCGCGAGACUCCCCCUCCUCCCCCGCCGCAGCAGCCUGAGCCCCCAACCAGAGAGCUCGCCGUCGACGGCGAGGGAGGUGGGUCCGGCGCGUAACCGAGGUCGUUUUUGGAAUUUGUUUUUUUCCUCUUAUUCUUGUGGAAUUCGCAAUAUGGUCCUCGUACACUCGUACAGGGACUGCACGCAAAUGUUCUGCUUUUUCCCCCUUCCUUUUAUUCUUUCCUCCCUUUUUACCCUUUUGAUGGGGUUUGAUUUCCCCCCGCGGCGUAGAUGAUGAUGUAGUAGUAGCGGUAGUAGCUGGUAAUUAUGGAGGAGAAAGGGGACCAAAAAAAAUAUCUGUAGCUUUAGUUUGAACUUUGAAGAGAUAAAAAGAAAAGGAGAUUCCGGACA